AUGGAAGAACCGUUGGGCGCAGAAAACGGCACUGUUGGAAUUCUGGUCAGUUCUGCGGUGGAGGUUAAUUUGGGAGGAAAACUGCUCAAACCUGCAGUGGUCGGAGUGAAGCUGGACUUGGAGGCCUGGGUCGACAAGUUCAAGAUCUUGGCCAGUAACGUGUCCGACAGUCGACAGGGUUCCCACAAGUGUGGACCGUCCAGGAGCUGUGAGAUGGACUGUGAGGUCAACACCGAC